UUAAGUGAAAUAAAAAUCUUUAAUAAUGAAAUUUCCAUAUUCUCUAUCCAAACAAUUUUCGAUCCCUAUUUUGGUCAUGCAAUUCCUCAUCAUACAAAGUGUUUCGUCACUGAACCUUACCAAUGAGUAUCUCAGCCACAAAUGCCUCAAUCAAGGGAAAUAUAACUCCGGAAGUGAGUACGAGAACAAUCUCAACUCGAUCUUUCAUGACUUUUCUACUAGUGAUUAUGCUGAAACCGGUUUCUUAGACGCAAGUCUUGGAAAAACGACAGCCGAUUCUGUUACUCUCACUCUCCAGUGUCGUGGUGACUCUUAUAGAUCUAAUUGUCGUACAUGCGUUGACACUGCAAUUUCGGGGGUAAACGAGCUAUGUCCGAGUAACAAAGGAGGAAUAAUAUGGUACGAUCAAUGUCUUCUCUAUAUUACUACAAUCAAAGAAAAGAGUCCAUUCAAGAUUAAUUACGAGAACAUUUUUUCUAUGCACAACCCAAAUAACGUGAGAGAGGAUGCAAAACUGUUUGCUAUGAGGGUGAGGGAUUUUUUCUCUGAGCUAACACUUAAAGUCAAGAAAAUCACCAAUAAUGGUCUUCUCAAUUUUUACUCGGCGGGAGAAAAGAAGCUCGGGAAAAAUAAAUUAUAUGCAAUGGUGCAAUGUAUAGAACUAACAAGAGAUUGUAAAAGUUGUUUGGCAUGGAGUAUCACAAAGCUUUUUAAAAACAACGACAUUAAACAAGGUGGGAGAGUUUUGGGUACAAAUUGUAAUGUAAGGUAUGAGCUAUACCCUUUUCUUAGAAGUUAA